UUGGCCUGGGCCAGCGAUCAUGGCUUUGGCGUUUCUCUUCUCGUUGUUGGCGCAGAGAGUGCCAUGUGUUGGCGAGGUGUUGGAUGCAGACACGCUCGACCGCAUGCAGCAGCGUGAGGUCUAUCUGCGAGAGCAGAUGGCAAAGCUGCUGAAGGAGAUGGAACAAUGCAGAACGGAUGCGCGACCCUCGCGCUUCUUUGCAGUGCGGCCCUGGCUAAUUUGGGCCUUGGCUGUACUGCUGCUUUUCCUGGUCUUCCGCUACAUCCGCGACCGCUACAGGGAAAGGCAAGAGAGAAUGUUCUACCAUGAAAUGAUGGAGAUGUGGGAAGAAUACGAAAGGGAGCUGAGGAAGCCGGUGUGCCAUGGAGACCCCGACGACAUUACCUACACGAGCAGGUUUUACCCGGAGUUCUCCAUCUGGCCGCUGAAGAGCAGGACACAGACGUGCAAGGUGGUGGCAGAGCUGGUGGAUGAACUUCUGAACACGUGUCAGAUAGUUCCAAAGAGCUACUUCCUGCCACGGCCGCAGCCAGCCAUUGGGGUGGGUGUUGGCUUUGAAGGCAGCGGUCCCCAAGGGUGCUACAUUGUCUACCGCAUGCUCGUGCCCCUGAAGGCACCCCCAGGACACAUCUUCCACUUGGAGGUGGGCCCCAGGGCGAGGAUAGGGGUGAGGAACUCCCGCAUCCGCGUGGAGUUCCAGUGCACGUGCAUAAGGGAGCAGCAGUUUCAGGACAUGCUCUGCUUCCUCCACCACCCUGCGGACCGGCUGAGGAAAAAGCAGAUGCCCAGCCUCCUGCAAACCCUCUGCACCGACUGCCACCUGGACAUGGAGAAAACCGCAGCCUGGUUCCAGGAGCUGGUGAAAGCAGCCUGGGCGCUUAUGCCUGUGUCAAACACAACGCAGCUCGAGUUGCUGCCCUCCAAACGACACUGCAAGCUCAAGCUGACCACCACCUCCGGCAAAGUCCUCUGGAUCGAGCUCCUGCUCGGGACGCAGAAAAAGGACUCGGACACGUUCCUGACCUUUGAGUAGGCAGGGGCGGUCGUUAGCAGCAGCACGAGGUGGCCGCAGGGACGCACUGCUUCACCAAACAGCCAGGCACGCCUGGCGCAACACAUUCCAUCGCAAACAUCUGCAGCUCCGUGUCCCUGCGCUGGAAGGUGGCUUCAAAACCACUGACGCCCCACCCUACUUGCCACCUGCUCCAGAGCUGAGCAUGCUGGCCAUGGAGAAGACACUGCUCAACAAGCAGGUGGAAGUUCUCUCCAGAGGAAAACCACACCCGAGGGAGCCACACCCCACGCAGGUGAAGAGGCCGCUGCAUGGACGCUUGAAGCAGAGACUCCUGUCAACAGCUGGGCAGAGACCCACCCACCUCUCCGUCUGGGUCCAUUUGCUCUGCAAGCCUGGGCCUCUACAAAAAGGGGAGAAACGCUCUGCUCCCUGAGCGUCCUGCCCAAGGAGAUGCCCCCAGAGCCAGCGCCCAGUGCUGUGGGAACGGCGACUGAGUCCUGAUUGCUGAUGAAAAAAGGACUACAAUGAAGCUCUGCCUCCACCUCGGCAGGAAGAAGCACAACAGCAGCAGCCCUUAGUGGGAUGCACGUAUCCAGAAAUGGCAGCCAACCAAUGCAGCUAUUUUGCAUACGGCUGCGGAAAUGAAGCUCUGAUCUGUUCUAAAAAAUAAUAACAAUACAGUAAAAUAAAAUAAAAAUCAACAGAUUUUUUUAUGCUUUCCCUCGUCUACCAGUCUGGUCACCCGGUUGCAGAAGGAGAUGAGGCUGGUCAAGCACGACCUGCCUUUCAUGAACCCGUGCUGGCUGGCUGGGCCUGAUCCCCCGGAUGCCACGCACAUGCCACGCGAUCUCACCCAAAAUGAUUCGC